CAAAUUAAAUGUACUGUUUGUGGUAACCCCAUGUUACCAUCGGCGUACCCCUCGCCAGUGCGAUGUUAUUUGAUACGAAUUGUAAAACUUUGAAUUACAGAUCACUCCCACAGUGACCGUACGAAGCACAAGACACGCGUCUCCUUUUUCUCCUCCAUCCGAACUCUUCUCUAACCUCACGGGUUAGCUCAGUGGCGACGAGGAAAAGUAGAAGUUUUUGGGUUUUUUUCGCACAAGUUGGUGCAGCGUGACGUUUUGUUGCUGGAGUAAGGACGUGCCGUUCCGGAUUGCAGUUUUUUUCAACGUUUUCAUCGGAGUUUCAUUCCCGGCGGAACGAGCAUCAGCAUCGGACGGAGGACGCGCAUUUGACGGACUUCGCAGUUUAGAGUUUUUUUCUGGUGGAGUUUUUUCCCGCUUGGUUUUGCCAAGGAGGUGUCGUUUACGGGUGAAGUUGGUUUUUCCAGAAAACUGCAUUCGAACUCAAAAAUGCCGUUUAGUAUCGAGCCAUUCAUCCCCGGCGCCGUUUCGUUUUUGCAAUUCCUAGAGCAAUUGGAAUGGGUUUUCGAGCAUCAUAAAGUGUCGAGUGAUGAAGACAAAAGAACGUCGUUUAUGGCGACGUGUAAUCGCGAGGUUUAUUCGGAGAUUAAGCGUUUGUUCCCCGGUAAAGAUCUUAAGAAGCUCACGUUUAAGGAAAUUACGGAAGCGUUGCAAAAGCGUUACGACAAGUCGGUUGCUGGUUUUAUUCAGCGAUUCAACUUCUACAAUCGUGUUCAAGGGUCAAACGAGUCGGCAGAGGAUUUUAUCUUGGACGUGAAGCAGCAAGCGGAGUUGUGUGAUUUCGGCGACUUUAAGAACACAGCGAUCCGCGACAAGCUGAUUUGCGGGAUGGCCGAUUCCGUUUUGCAAGAAUCGUUGUUUGAUGAAGAAGAUCUGUCCUUGUCCCGAGUUGAAAAGUUGAUCCUGAAUCGUGAAGCCAACAACGCGAGGAAGAAGAUAAUAGCUGGUGACAGACAUGCCAGUGUGUUGAAUCGUCUUGGCAGACGUGACGGAGCACCUGCUUACAAGGGUCGGUCUCGUAGCAGAGGGCGCGAUCUACGAGGAAGGAGCAGGAGUCGUUCUGGACGAGAUUGGCUGGACGUUUUCUUUCCGGGUUGGCGCAACACGUUUGGAGAGACCAGCAGGGUGAAUCAGGUGGCAAAUACGGCGGAUCAAGUUUUAGCUGAGAUUGAGAGUUUCCCUGGGUGGUCGGACGUAUCUCGCUCAUCGCAAUCAGCUGAAAGAAGCGCCGAAGGAGGACUAUCAGCGGAAGGUCGUGUUCACGGCACGGAGCGAGCGUCGAGGUACUAAAAGGGGGAGAGAGCGGUACGGUGAUGCUGCUUACGAGGAUGGAGAGGACAGUUUUUACGGGUUUGCUGCGGAUUCGUUCGUCUUCGCUGAAGAUUCGAAUGAUGGUGUUGAUGUCGACAUGGAGGUUGACAUGGAACGAGAAGGAGUUUCAAGGCUGUCGAGCGUUGAUCGUGAGUCGCAGAUUCGCGACGAUCCAGUCGAAGGAAGUUCCACACAAAGGCUCCCGGAUUUUUCUGUCCCAUCGAUCGAUAAUCGUGCAGUAGCGCGUCGUUCGACGCGAUCGAAACGUUACAAGAAAGAUAAAGAUUUCGUUUAUUAUUAGGUUUUUUUUUCCUUUGUUGAAUUGUUUAGUUUGUUUAAAGGUUUUUCCUAAUAGCUAAGUUGUUUAACAUUCUGAAUUAGUUAAAUAAUGUUGAUUAUAUUUAGUUGUUUACUUAAGGGUGAGAACUGUGGUAACCCCAUGUUACCAUCGGCGUACCCCUCGCCAGUGCGAUGUUAUUUGAUACGAAUUGUAAAACUUUGAAUUACAGAUCACUCCCACAGUGACCGUACGAAGCACAA